AUGGCUCUUGCAGAAGAGAAAGAUGAUGAUGUUAAGAGUUCAGCAAAACAGAAUACAGGAGGCUGUUUGAAAAGCCUUGACUGGCUUACAAAGAAACUCAGACUUCUUGAUGAUGGAGCGACUCCACCUAAUUGGAAGUACAUUGGAUUGGUGUAUUUAGCUUUAUUUUCAAGUGCAAGUACAUUGACUUUCCUGUUGCCAUUCUUACCAGAGAUGAUGUUGACAUUAGGAUACAGUGAGUCUAACAAAGGUACAUAUGUUGGUAUCGUGGCCUCUUCUGUAUUUGCUGGGAGAAUUGUAGGAAGUAUUUUCUGGGGAUGGCUGGCAGAUCGCCAGGGCCGCAAGCUUGUUCUACUUAUUACAAUUGCCUUUAAUGGAAUUUUUGCCGGACUGUUUGGAUUUGCAGACAAUCUGAUCAUGGCUGUUGUUUUUCGCUUCUUGUGUGGUGCUGUUAAUGGCACGGUCGGCACGGCCAAAACUAUCCUGUAUGAUAUAUCAGAUAACUCCAAUCAAGCACUGAGCAUGUCUAUGUUGUCCGUAUCCUGGGGAAUGGGAAUGAUUGUUGGCCCAACUGUUGGAGGUGUGUUAGCUUCUCCGGCAGUGAAGUGGCCAGAUGUUUUCAACAAGGAUGGUCUAUUUGGGCAGUACCCGUAUCUCUUACCAUCAUUAUUCCCAUUUGUGAGCUGUUUUGUCAUUUUCUUCGUUAUCUUCUUCAAGUUUGAUGAAACAUUUGUUGUCAAGUCAUCAAAGAGGACUAAACAGGAAUUCACAGUUUUAGAAGUCGAACACAAUGACAGUGAUAAUGCUGGAAAAGAAAGCCACCAUCCUUUGUUAGGAGACACCUGCAGAAAAAGUCAGAGUUCUCUUCUUCAGAUUUGUCAGUCACUGCAUUCUGUCCAUGCAGAGGCAGAGUCUGCAUCAUUCUUGGCCAUGGAAACAGUAAAAAAAAAUGCACCAGCAAACAAAUUUCCACCAGCUCAUGGGACACAGUCUCUGCCUGAUAUAAACAGCAGCUCGGCACUUUUAGACUAUUCUGAAGUGUCUAAUUCACUGUCUAAUGUCAGUGAAAAGUGUCAGCCUGGAACGGACAUCCAUAUAAUUGCUGAAAAUUCAGCUCAGAUCGGUAGUGCUAAUUCCUUAGAUUUAUCACAUAAAGAGUUUGGAAUUACAGAAAAGAGUAUAUGUGAUGAUAUAAAAAAUGAGCAAAAUCAAAAUAAUUUGAAUGAGCUGAAUAUUGACUUAGUGAAUUCAAAUAUACCUCUCAUAGAUCACAACUGCAGUGUGGUUGAUAAUAUAGAAAUGAAUGAUAAAAAUCAGAAGUUAGUUGACAGUAUAGAAGAUCAGAAAAUUAUUGAUAACAAACAUUCCAUCACGGAUGCCAAAAGUGAAGAGGAAAGUGAAAGGAUCUGUACUUGUGUGGACAGUCUUUGCUGUUCUGGGAGCUUCAGAAAGUACAGUUUAUUCAAGCUAUUACGUCUGUCUGAUGUUUGGGCCACUGUCAUGAUGUAUACUGUGUUCUCAAUGAUAACUAUAGCCAUUGAAGACAUCUUCCCGGUUUUUGCUUCUACUAGAAAAAACUAUGGUGGUCUAGGUUUUAGUACUAACGAGAUUGGCCUUGCUCUUGGAGCCAUCUUUCUUCCUUUGCUGUUGCUCCAAGUGAAGAUCUACCCAUUUCUGGUUUCCAAAAUGGGAAUUAGGAAGGUGUUCCUGUUUUCCGCCAUGGUAUCACUAAUAUGUUGUCAGUGCAUUCCGAUGGUCAGAUUGUUCAAUAACCGCGUGUGGUUGUGGAUAUGUCUGCUGGGUGUACAGAUACCAUACAAAAUUGCUACAAACUGCUGCUUUGCUGGAACAUCUCUGUUGAUCAACAAUUCUGUUCGCCAGGAGUUGGCUGGUCAGGUGAAUGGUUUGGCCAUGAUGACUACAGCAAUAGGCAGGACUGUGGCUCCAUUGCUAGCAGGACUUUUGUUUUCAUGGACGGUAACUUAUGGUGAAGACAUCGGCCCACCCUUGGACAUUAGUUUCCCAUUCUUUAUCACAGGUGUUCUGUUUUUUAUCACAAUAUUUGAGUGCCUGCAUUUAAACCCUAGACUGGAUAGGCAGAAGAAGUAA